AUGACGGAGAGAGAAUUGGAUAUUGAGUUCUUCAUCGAAGAAAUUAAACAAUAUCCAGAAAUAUGGAAUGUGAGCGAUGAAAAUUACCACGAUAGAACGAAGAAGAGAGCAGCAUGGACAAAUAUCUGUUGUUUGUUCAGCGAUAAUUUUGAACAGAAGGAUGACAAGGAAAGAAACGAAAUUUGCAACAAGUUUAUUAAAAAGUGGAGGAACAUAAAAGAUACCUAUACCAAAAGUUUAAAGAAAAAAACCAAGUCUGGACAGGCUGCUGACAAAACCAAAAAAUACAUUUAUGCUAGGCAGUUAUCCUUCCUUGGAUCUAGUGGGGCCACAACUGAAACUCAGUCCAGCUUAGAGGGAACUAACGAAGAUGAAGAUGUUGCUCAACCGGAAACUCAAUCUGAACAUACAGUCGACUCAGAGGAAUCAGAACGUCCAAAAUACGACCAAGGGAGUUCACUGAAACGAAAACGAAACGUAGAGUCCGCAUUGAUAGACUUCAUGACGAAGCCUACGCCUACGCCUCCUCCAGCUUCAAAACCAGAUCCAGACAGAUCGUUUUUCGAAAGUGUCCUUCCUUCAAUUAGCAAAUUUGACGAAGACCAAAAAAUUGAGUUUCGCUGUGAAGUACUGAAACUAAUUAAACUGUGCAUUGAAUCGAUCCGGCUCCGCUACGACGCCGGAGAAGUGUGCAUCAAAUUGAUCCGGUCUCGCAACGGCGCCGCAACGGUGCCGCAACUUAAAAAAUCGGAUGUGUGCAUCGGGCCUUAGUGUCGGUGUACACAUCCGAUUUUUUAAGUUGCGGCACCGUUGCGGGGCCGGAUCAAUUCAAUGCACACUUGAACACGUCAAUCUGGUGAACCGUGUGGGCCGUGACUCUUUCCCCCCACCACACCGCCAGCGCUCGAUCUUUGCGUUCGCCGUCAGCGAUUAGCCGAUUAGUGCAAGUGCAUGUUUUGUUUUGUCAAGUACAGUCUUGCGUUGCAGAAAAUCAUAAGGAAACGUUUAUAGAGUGAUUGCGACAAUGAAACGCUGGUUAAAACCAAAUGUAUCCGCUUCAGACGAAGCAAAUGAA